AUGCCCAUUGAUCCCUCGCUCGAUAUUUCCCAAAACUUUCCGAGGCCAAGCGUUUACCUGCAAAGACAACUCAGCAAAGGUAGAUUCAGACCUGGCCAGCUUGACCCACCCGCGCAGAGAAAGUUUGCCGAAGACAUCCUUUCGCCCUCGCCCAAAGAUGCGAAGGAGGUUUCGCCGGGAAAGAGACUCAGCUUUAGCGUUGUGCCUGCGACGAAUGUGUUGCCUGCUAGCCAAGCUCAUGAGCUGCUCAAGGAGCCUAAACCUCUGCUUGCGACUGCUUCCUCUGGAGAGAUUCCCACCUCUGGUCGAUUGAAUCGACAGCUCUCGUCAGGCGCCACCUCUGCAGCUCUGCAUCAACAAGCAGGUCAUGUUCUUCAGCCAGGCGUCUCGGCUCUCGAGAUGAAGCCAGCUGCGGAGCUCCCAAGCAAGACUGGCUUGACCCGAAAGGUAUACAAGGCCUUUUCGCAGACGUAUAGGCGAGUGAAGAAGGUUCUCGGGGUGAGCAAAAAUUCGUCCAAGGGGGAGAGAUCGAACGGCUGCUCGGAUUCUAGCAAGUGCAAAAAGACGAUGACAGGCGAGGAAAGGUUUCCAGAGCUGGACAAGGACAUUCACAUCCCGAUCACUCCACCCGCAAGUCAUCGGUCUCCCUCGCCUUCGCCAUCGAUCAGUCCGUCCGAAGACUUGUCCAACUUUUUCAACUUCGAACACAAGUCCAAAUCUGCCUCUUCGAUUGAGCAGAGUCCACGACAACCCCAGCCGGACGUGAGCAGGUGGAAUUUCAAAUUCGCUAGCGGUGCACAUCAUCGCCAUGGGAACUUGCAGAAGCAAAAGCAGGUGCAUAAUGGUUGGACUAGUCCUUCUUCCUCAGACGACGAGGUCAGCAAAAGCAAAAGUCGGAGCGAGGCAAUGAUCUUGAAGAACAAGGAACAUGCCUCGCAAGGGGACAGAUCCGAUCCUACGCGUCUAACUUUUCGUCCCAAAUCGACGGCGCAAAGUCGAAGGACUAGAGCUGGAUCUGUAGGAAAUGUUGCUGAACUGAGGGAGGAAAGGAAAGGAGCUCCGCUCGCACUGCUUGUCAAGGGAGCAGGACCCGAUGGAUUGGGACAACGCUCCAGGUCGGUCAAUCAAGCGGAUACUGUGCGCACAGCUCACUGGACCGCUGCCUACUGA